AGGGUGUCAUCCUGCUGCCAGCUGCACUAACUUUCCUGGGUCCUACAAGUGCACUUGCCCACCGGGUAUGCCCGGGUCAGGGUAUGAUUGCAUGGAUGUGGAUGAGUGUGUGGAGAAUUCAACCUGGCACCACAACUGCAGUCAACUUGCUUUGUGCAACAACACAGUAGGCUCCUAUAUCUGCCAUUGCCUGGAGGGAUACCAGGGUGAUGGCUUUAACUGUGCAGAUGUGGAUGAAUGUCUGCUACCUUCACGCUGUAGCAGCAAAAUGAUUUGCCAAAACACACCUGGAGCCUACACUUGUUCUUGCAUUCUGGGUAUGGUAUAUGAUUCUGGCACCUGUGUGAGUGAGAGUGAAUGUGUAAACAGCACCCAUGUGUGCAGUACACAUGCUGAGUGCAAUGCCAUACUGGGGUCAUACUACUGUUCCUGCAGAGAAGGCUUUUAUGGAAAUGGAAUGGAGUGCAGGGAUGUGGAUGAAUGCAGCUGGACAGGAAAGCGAACAUGCCCACAAUUUUCCUACUGCUUCAACACAGAAGGCUCUUACUACUGUGACUGCUGGAAAGGUUAUCAGAAUAAUGGGACACACUGCAAGGAUAUAAAUGAGUGUGAGAUAGGUAAUUUUACCUGUCCUGACAACAGCACCUGUAUCAAUAAAGAAGGGGGAUACUUUUGUCCAUGCAAUGAUGGCUUUGUUUCCAAAAACUCCCUAUGUUUGGACAUUGAUGAGUGUGCCACAAGACCAACACUGUGUCCUAACUCAUCUGAUUGCAAAAACACAGUUGGAUCCUAUUUCUGUGAGUGCUGGGAUGGGUACUUGGGUAAUGGAACACACUGUAGAGACAUAAAUGAAUGUGUGGAUAAAUCUCCAUGCCCAGAGCAUACUGCUUGUGUCAAUAUAGAGGGUGGAUUUCUCUGCCAGUGUGAGGUUGGGUUUUCCAGAAACAGCACAAACUCUUCCCACUGUAAAGAUAUUGAUGAAUGUUCAGAGACUGAUCUGCUGUGCACUAAAGGGACCUGCAUCAACACUGCUGGUUCAUUCUACUGUGUGUGUAAUGAAGGAUUUUGGAGCAAUGUGACAGAGUGCUUCGAUAUAGAUGAAUGCUUGGUAUCCCAGAAUGGUACAGUAUGCCAGGCUCACUCUACUUGUGUGAAUGUGCCAGGCUCUUAUGAGUGUAGGUGCCAUAUGGGUUUUCUGCUGAAUGGUUCAGUGUGUCAGGACAUUGAUGAAUGCAAGAAAAAUGCAAGUUUUUGCACUGAAAACUCACAGUGUGUAAACACUGAAGGCUCUUUUUCAUGCCCUUGUUUGUCUGGAUACAAAGCUCAGGGGCCAAACUGCACUGACAUUGAUGAGUGUAUGCUCACCAACUCCUGCCGUCAAGACCAGCUUUGCACAAAUUUGCAUGGUUCAUACCAAUGCUCUUGUGCCAUGGGGUACCAGGAGGAGAAUGGAACCUGCGCAGAUAUAGAUGAAUGCCAGAAUGCCACAGCAGUUUGUCACACUUUGGCUCGGUGCUGGAACAAUGUAGGGUCUUUCUCCUGCCACUGCCCCUUGGGUUACACUGGGGAUGGCACACAAUGCAAUGAUAUCGAUGAAUGUUCUUCCACCUCUCCAUGCCACAUACAAGGCAAAUGCAUCAAUACACCAGGAUCCUACAUGUGUGUGUGUUCUCCAGGUCUGUUAGCUCUUGGGCCACUCUGUGUAGACCUAAAUGAGUGUCAGCAGAAUCGAGGCGGGUGCCAUCCUUCUGCUAUAUGCCAAAACUCUAUAGCUGGUUUUCAAUGCCAGUGUGCUAAUGGCUGGGAUACGACAGCUCAGAAGGGAAGCGGUUCAUAUGGAUGCACUGACAGAAAUGAGUGUCUCUCAGCUACUGCUUGCUAUGGCAACACAAUCUGCACAAAUCUGAUUGGAUCCUUCAGUUGCACCUGCCCUGGUGAUAAUUCCAGCUGUCAACAGUCGACACAAAUUGAGAAUGUACUGUACCCUUUUGGACUGGAUGUUGGUGAUAUGAGGGUACCAAUUUCAACAGCAGAUGGACACUCUCCAUACAUUACUCCUCCUGUAGGGUUUUCAUUCAUGGGCAAGGUCUAUGAGAGAUUAUUUUUUUCAGACAAUGGCCUGGUUCAGUUCCAGACGGUUGACACGAAUGAGAAACCCCUUCUUCCUGUUCCAUUCCCUAAAGGAUUUAGUGGCAAUGAAAGCAAGGCCAUGUUAGCUGUUUUCUGGGAUGAUGCUGACCUUACCUUAGGAAAUGGAAAAUUAUACUACAAGGAAUAUUAUCAGUUGAACAUGACAGAUGUGUACUCGCAAAUAGUCUUCAACCGGACAUGUGCAGAUGUGACUCAGUUUGAGUUAAGAAGAGGGAAACCUGCAUUCACUCCCACAUGGAUUCUGAAAAUUACAUGGGACCAUGUCCUGCCCAUCUCCUACCAGAAAAUCAACUUGUCUGAGACAAAUACAUUCCAAGCAAUCUUGACCACGGAUGGUAUUCGUUCUUUUGCCUUACUUCGUUACGGCAACAUGAGCUGGGGGCCCGGACAGAGGAUUUACCAUGAUGCUCUGAUAGGCUACACUGAUGGCACCAGCACCUUCUACAAUGAGAGUCCCAGCCCAACUAGCAAUCCGUUUGGCCCAGGUGGUCGUUAUCGACCCCAGAGCAUUGUGGGCAACACAGGCCAGUUGGGGCAGCUUCUGUAUGACCUGACUGGAGAUACAGUGAUCAGAUCAGAUCCUCAGAAAAAGUGCCAAAUCUGGGCUCUGAAAGAGCCAGAUCCUAAAGAGUGGAUACUAGAGCUGGCACUAUGCCCUUGUACACGUGCUCAGGCACUUGACAAUGUGGCAUUUGGUCCUGAGACGUUACCACUGAAGAAUGCCACAUAUGUACAGAAUCUGCGGGGUCUUCGUUGGGGUGGAACUGCAAGUCAAGUGUUUCAGUCAAUACUCUUCAACAAGCAAAAUGCAGGAAAGAGGUGUGUGUAUCAUCCUCAAGGCUCUCUUCUGGCUGGCUACAGCGAACGAUACUUUACGAGUGACAAGAUACAAGAGCAUGUUGAUAUGGAUCUCAUGCCCUUUCAGUGGUGCUGUGUCCAGUCUUCCUUUUGCCAUCUUUACCUGGCUAAGAGACCACUAGACCGAUGUCAGGGCUAUGGCUGGACUCAUACAGACCCCAGCAUUCCAGAAAGAACAGGAGCACCUGGCCUUGGUUUGGCAUAUGGAAGCCUCCACUUUGUUACAUUUGAUGGAACUAACUACACCUUCAAAGCCAUAGGAGUGUUUGUAAUUGUGCGUCUGUCCUCCGGUAAAGGCUCCAAUGUCUUCACUCUGCAGGGAGAGACAGGAGUGCUACAGAUUAAUGGGCAGCCCGGACAAGUGCCAGCUUUAGUGCGCUUAGCUGCAUACCAUCAGGCAUUUGGCAAGGUGGAAUGGCGGAGCUCUGUGUCUGAAGAGAAGCUCAUUGUACUAAUCAAUGAUGUGGAGUUUCCUGUGUUUGCAGGUGUAGUACAUUCUGUACAACAAGGCUUUGCAUUGCGCUGUCCCACAGUGCAGCACUGUGCUACUAUCUAUGAAGGAGGACUGAAUGUGGCUGUGUGGAUGGGAGACGCCAGGAGACUCGCUACUCUGGUGGAGGUCCCACAGAACUUUUACAACCGCACCGUGGGCCUUCUGGGCCUCUGGAGCGCCAACACUUCCGAUGACUUCCUCCUCUCCAAUGGAUACUGGCUGUCCUCACCUGACAACAACCCACCUUCUGAGAACAGACUCCUGCUCUUUGGACAGUCAUGGGCUGUUCCUCUUCCAGAGAGUCUCCUAUUCACCACUUCUCCCUUAACACCCUUUCAGCCUGUAAGCACAGAGCUAUUGAUGGCAUCAGUUAGCCCAGACGCACUGUCCAGACUUCAGGAGACAUGCAAGGGCAGCAUGCAAUGUGUGCAUGACAUUCUAGCCACAAAUAACACUGAUCUGGGUUUACAGAGUCUGCAGGAUCAAAAGCAAUUCUAUAAGUUUGCGGUUUCCUUUGGUAAUAUACCACCCGUUUUGAGUGAACCUACGGUGAUCCGCUGUAAGGUGAACACUACAAUAAGAGUGCAGUUUGUAGCACAGGAUGCUAACAGAGACUCAGUCAGCUUCUCCCUGCUCUAUCCACGUCCACCUUUGGCCUCCAUAGGAAAAGAUGAUGGAGUUUUAGUGUGGACUCCAUUAAAUAUUCAACCCGUGCUGCUCACUGUGCAGGUGAGCGACCAUAUGUCCAGCUCUCUGCUUAUCCCCAUUCUGCAGCUGUGCAGCUGUCUGAAUGGAGGAACUUGCCAGUACCAGAGUGUGGCAGAGAACCACUUACAGGGAAAAUUCCAGGUUGUAGGGUGUCUAUGCCCACCAGGUUUUGCUGGACAAUACUGUGGAAAUAGAACUAAUGUAUGUAAAGGUCAGCCUUGCUUCCCUGGAGUGGACUGCUACAGUCAGACAGAUGGGGACAGUUUUAGCUGUGGAAAAUGUCCAUCCACCACUGUAUCUAAUGGCAAAGGAGGUUACAAAUGCUUUGAGAAUGACUUCUGCCUUCCUCCUUUUCGUUUUCCCUGUCACGAGAUGGCAGACUGCUACAGUACUGGCUAUAACUACACAUGCCUCUGUAAGGCUGGCUUUUCUGGUGAUGGGCAUGAUUGCACAGAUAUAGAUGAGUGUCAGAACCCUGAAACCUGCCCGAAUGCAAAGUUUGAGUGUGUGAACACACCUGGCUCAGUGUACUGCUCCUGCCGCUAUCAGAGCUCUGUGGAUUCCAAUGACUGUGGUGAUUCUCCAAAUCCUACAGGUUGGAAUAUUUUUAAUGUCUCAGUCACCUGGAGCAGUCAAAAGUCUAGACAAGAGCAACAAAAACAGCUGGAGCAAAUCCUUUCGAUGGGUUUCCAAAAUAAAUUCUACAGCACAAUAUCCCAGCCGAACUCAGGAUCAGAGGAAGGGAAUGAGCACAGAAUCAAUGUGUCUAGUGACACUCCUCAUUGGUACGUCAUGGACUACCUGAGCCGAGUCGGUCACUACUACGGCAUCAGAUCAGCUUAUGUAGGAGACCUAGAUGAGUGCCACACCAACAAGACACUGUGUACACAUCCAACCGUGUGCUACAACACUUACGGAGGCUACAGAUGUGUGUGUAAUGGCACUGAUAUGAACAAUGCACAAUCUUGCAUUUUAGAAAGGGAUGGUCUUAAUAAAUCAACUGGCAUAUAUGCUACAACAUGGGAAGAUAGUAAGGCCCUGAUUCUUGGUUUGGUCCUGGGCAUUGGUAUCCCUCUCCUCCUCCUUCUGCUGCUGGCAGUUCUGGCCUGCUUCUGCUGCUGUAACAGGAAAACCGUGACUGGAGAAAUUCCUCACUUACUGCCGGAAUAUGUACAGGAGCAUUUCAGCUCUCAUUUCAACUACAGCAACCCUGCCCUGCACUACAAAAGCCACAACAGCCAACGUAUACUUGACAACAUCACACCCAGAAACAAAAGUUAUAAUCCAGCUUGUCCCACUUAUGACAACUGCUCUCAUGACUGCAGUUGUAUGCAUGCUGAAGAAAAGAAGAUCAAUAUAUAAAAGAAAACGUGUAUCAAAUAUUAACGAUUGCUUUUUUUUAACAGUGCACUUUGAUCAAAUGUAAAAGAUAUUAAUUACACAUGCAGGCAUGUAUGGAUGAACUACAAGGUGUGUUCAUUGACCACUCAUUUUAUUUCAUUUAAUUCAUGAAGUUAUUACAUUGCAUUAAUGUUUUCAUAUAAUUUCUAUGCACUCUGUCCAGAGCAUAUAUGCAAUUAUCAGUCAUUUCAGCAUGUUUGUUUGUAUUGAUGAAUAAACCUGGAAAACAAGAUGACUUGUAAUGGAAGUAAAAGGGCAAU